AUGGUGCUCGUUCCUGAGCUUCGGCUGCUGGACUCGAGUGAGCUAUACUCUGCCGAGCCAGCGCUGGAGCUUUCAGAGUUCAACCACCUGCUGGAGGAGCACAUUGCCCGGACCAUGGAGGCGCUGGAGCACGACUGGUUCCCGGCAGUCCAUCACAUCCUGAUGCAGGGUGCCAAGCGAAACAUGAUGCCUUCGCUCAGCCAACCUGACAAACUAGAGACGUUCUUCAACGCGGUGGCCACGCUGAUGUCGAUGAACGUGCAGAACCUGCUGCUGCACACCAUCUGGGAGUACACGGACAUGCUGUGCAGCAGCAAGAGCCGCGGUUUUGUACUGCACCUGGUCCGCUCGGGCGGCGAGCUGCACUUCCAGCCAACCGUGGACGAGUUUGAGGAGCAGCUGCUGGCCGUAUUUGAACGCAUCAUCGCCGCCGUUCAGAAGCUGAAACGGGCAGAGACUCGCGUAUUCCUCGACUGGCCCGGGCGGGCCCAGUACCUGAAGCCGGUGGUUCUUCCUGAGAUCGUGGAGAGUCUGAAGCAGCGAGUCCGGGCCGUGGUCGCCGAGCAGUCGGUCGGACCCAAGGAGCACGCCCUAUGGUACGAGCGGUACGAGUACCUGAUCAGCGGCCAGGCCAACGCAGACGUGGAGGAAUUCCUGUCGGGUCAGCAUCCAUUCGAGGAGUACCAGGAGCAGGUGGUGCGCUACCACGAGCUCAGCUAUGAGAUCAACUGCGAGUCGGCAAAGGUGAUCCGUUUGGGCAUGUUUGAACUCCGCUGUGACACACUCACCGAGGAUCUGGUGUCGCUGGCCACCGGUCUGCGUGACAAGAUACUGCACAACAUGCUGGCUAACCACAACGCCACCAACAAAACCUGA